AUGUUUCCUCUGCUCAGUGAACUCGGCAGUCAGUUGAAGAGCCACAAGGUGCACAUUGACGGCAACGUUUUUCGGCUGCACACCAGCGUGACGGUGGUACUUUUGUUGGCGUUCUCGGUGCUUCUCACCGCCAAGGAUUACGUGGGCUCUCCGAUCGACUGCUACUGUCCGUCGAUAGAAAAGAGCGUUUUAGACUCAUUCUGCUGGAUCGAGUCAACGUACAGCCUCAAGAGCCUCUUCGCAGCGUCUCGGACCAAAGAGCUCGCUUACCCCGGUACGGGUAACGACCGGAACGUACCAGGCGAUCGACAGUAUCACCGCUACUACCAGUGGGUCUGCUUUCUGCUCUUCGGUCAGGCGAUAUUCUUCUACUUCCCACGCUGGCUCUGGAGCGCUUGGGAAGGCGGCCGUGUGCCCGCGAUCGUGUCGGCUCUCGACGUCGAGUCCGCCGCCUUCCACGACAGCGGCGGCGAGCUCCGAUCGCGUCUGGUGGACUUCCUCGUCCUCAACCUGAACCGAAACAAUUGGUACUUCGCCAAGUACCUGCUGUGCGAGUUCACGGGCUUCCUCAAUGUCAUCGCGCAGGUGAUGCUCACCGACGUCGUUCUCAGCGGCACCUUCGUCAGCUACGGUUCGGAUGUGGUGGAGUGGUAUCGCACCAGAGCCGAACAGCGUCUAGUCAGCCCCAUGGUACGCGCCUUUCCCAGGAUGGCUAUGUGCAGUUUCUUCAGGUACGGCGACUCCGGCGCACUCGAAAACAGGGAGGCCGUCUGCGUGCUGCCCGUGAACAUCGUCAACGAAAAGCUCUUCCUCUUUCUGUGGUUCUGGUAUGUGCUGCUGCUGGCUACGGGUGCGCUCUUGCUCGUGUACCGCGUCUUGCUCGUGAUUCACGCGCCGCUUCGGUACGGCCUUCUGCAGGCUCGGUACCCGGACAGCGAGCAAAUGGGAGAUCUCGUACGAUCGCUGGCCGUGGGAGACGUCUUUCUGCUCGGACUCAUCGGGCAGAACACCGAUCCCCUCGUGUUCGGACAGCUCGUGCGAGAACUAUCGCAGCGUGUCCCGCAAUGUCCUGACAAAAAUGGCCGAGCCGCGCAACUGAACCGCUACCAUUUGAACUGCUGCCGCGCAGCCUGA